AGUUGUCUCCAAUAAUACACAGAAGAUGGCGCAAAUGGCGGUGAAAAUGAACCCCAUUACAGAAAUAAAUCGAGGUUCACAGAAGAUGUCUCAAAAAACUAACCUAAAUGUCUUUGACAGUAGGAGUAAGCAAAGACAGACAAUGCAAACAAAUCAAAACUCCAGUCAACAAGAACAGACAACAAACGAAGAUAAUAAUUUUACUAAAGUUACGUACAAAAAAAUGAAACAGGUCAGGAAAAACAUCGGAACAGGAAAGCAGAGUAAAGGUUUCUCAGGUCAAGAGAGAAAAGUAUGGUUGUAUAUUUACAGAGUGAAAAGAAGUACAACGACUGAAAUUAUCGAAGAGUAUCUAUCUACCAAGGAGGGAUUUCAAGAAGUGGAAAUAAUGGUAACAGAAAUUCCUUCAGAGGAGAACCGACUCAAAAGAUUUGUCUUGUCUGCCCCACUUGAAAAGAAAGAGGAACUCUACAAACCCGAGUUUUGGCCAUCCGACGUUGGCAUAAAACGUUUUGAUUUUUCAAAACACAAAGACCUACUCCAAGAAGGUGCAAAUUUUUUAUAGAACACUCUGAAUCUCAGUCAGAUACCCAGCGGAAGGAGAAAAGCAUUAUGGUAAAAAAAGCAACGAUAAUUCAUCAAAAUGUGCAGUCAAUUGGUAUUUGUGUUAACAGACUGGAGAAAUUCCUGCAUGAUUUCCCUGACUGUAUAAUUCUCUGUGUCACGGAGCACUGGAAGACUGAAACCCAGUUAACAAAUUAUGGUAUUGCUGAUUUCUAUUUGGCUGAGGCUGUAUGUCGUCAAGUUGAAAACCAACAUGGGGGAACUGCCAUUUUUGUGAGGCAUAGUAUAAACUUCAAGAGGCUUUCAAAAAUCACUGAAUUAUCGAAGUUAGGAAUCUGUGAAUGCAGUGCUUGUGAAUUCAACAUCAAUGGUGAGAAGACCAUCGUUCUGUGUCUGUAUACUCCUGGUGGAGUAGUAGACGAUUUUUUGAGUUGUCUGGAGAGGAUUCUGGUGGGUCUGGUUUCUUUCAUUGGUCAUAUCAUCCUGGUAGGUGAUUUCAAUAUCCAUAUGCACAAAAAUGAUAAAAAUAAAGAAAAAGAUCUCCUAUUUUCCCUAUUGAGCUCUUACAAUUUGUACCCACUUAUUAAUGAUUACACCAGAAUUACGAACACCUCAAAGUCCCUUAUUGACAACAUUUUUGUGAAUCGAGAGAAAGAGUAUGUAGCAAAAGUUCAUCAUAACCAAAUUUCCGAUCACUCUGCACAGAGUGUCAGUUACCCCUAUCUAAAAAUCAAUGAUUUUGUUCUCAGGAGAGUAUUCAAUGAAUGCAAUAGGGCAGAUUUUAAGAACAGACUCAGCGGUGCAGAUUGGUCCAAGGUUUAUGAGUCAACUGAAGCAAAUGAAGUUUGGGGAAAGUUUUACAGUAUCUUUCGGCAUUAUUUUGAUCUUAGUUUUCCAGUGAAGACAAUAAAACUGGGAAAGAAGCCUCCAAAACAAAAUAUGAUGGAUCCUGAAAUACAAGAAUACAGCAAUAUAAAGAUGCAAAAAUCGCAUAUGAGAAGAUGCUAGCAAGAAAAAAGGGUGCAUAUUACCAACACAAGAUAGAGCAAUCUGAUAAUAAAUCUAAAACAACAUGGGCGAUAAUAAAUAGAAUAAAGGCCGGAUCAGAUGCUCCUAGAGAUACACAAGUGGAUGGUGAGGGAGUGGAAAUUGCAGACAGAUUCAAUCAAUACUUUUUAAAUUCUGCAAUGAGCAUGGUGCCUAAUUCAAUUGAAGAGAAUCAUGUUCCUUAUUUCCAACAAGCAGAUAAGUCCAUGUUUUU